AUCAAUGCAGCAAUUAGUUGUGGCUGCAAAAAUAACAUAUGCGCUAUCCGGAAAAGUCCAGAGAGACGCGUUAGGGCGAACUGGCAAUUCGGGUUGUAGAGGUUCAUUGGCGAUUGGUCUUUUUGAGCAGGCUGAGGACUGCCACGGUUUAUUAGUAAUACUCACAUAAACCGGUCAUAGGCCACCGGGUCAAGUAGCGUGUAGGGCAAAGCAGUUGCAACAUCUGCAAGCAAAGACGAUUGCAAGCGAGCCCUCGCCACGGCCGCGCACCCCCGCCUGAACUUGAGGCGACUUUUGCGCUCGCUUCUGUCCUUCCUAGCGCUUAGCCUCGCCAUGACACACAUCAACGCACCGGGCGCAGGAGGCAGCGCCAUGCGGGGCGCGCAUUCCCGCGUCAGCGCGCAGCGCUCGCCCGCGCGCGGCGGCCGCAACAGCCCUGUACCCCAGGCCGCGCCGCUGGCCGGCUUCGCUCCUGGCGGUGCGGCUGGCACCUGCCCCGCCCCGCCCGUCGGCCUGCCCCGGCCGUCCUCGCUCCUCUCGCUCACCUGCGCAGCCGCGGCCGCGCCAUCGCCCUCCUCGCCGUCCGCUACGCUGCGCGCGCCGCUGACCGGCGACCCGCUGGUGUCAUACAUUCUGGAGGGACCGCUGCUGGGCAGCUGCGGCAUUAGCGCCAACAGCGUGCGCGGCGCGGCGGGCGAGUGGGAGCGGCUGGGGCGGCAGCUGGCGCUGCAGUUGGGCUUUGAGCAUGACGCCAUGGAUGCGGUGCAGAAGCUGCGCAUCUACCACUACUACCUGCCCGUGUACUGGUGGGCGGCGGCGCAGCUGGAGGCGCACCGCGCGGCCGGACAAAAGACGGCGCUGGUGCUGGGCAUCUCCGCGCCUCAGGGCUGCGGCAAGACCACCAUCGUGGAGCAGCUGGAGCUGCUGUUCAACUGGCUGGGCCGCCCCGCCGCCUCCGUGUCCAUCGACGACUUCUACCUCACCCACGCCGACCAGAACGCGCUGGCCGCCGCCAACCCCGGCAACCGCCUGCUGCAGCUGCGCGGCAACGCCGGCACACACGACCUGGCGCUGGGCACAGAGACCAUCAAGACGUUGCGCAACCUGACCUCGCCCGGCGCCACGGCCGCCGUGCCGCGCUACAACAAGUCGGCCUUCGGCGGCCGCGGCGACCGCGCGGAGCCGUCUUCCUGGCCUGUGGUGUCGGGCCCCCUAGAUGUGGUGUUCUUCGAGGGCUGGAUGAGCGGCUUCGCGCCCGUGCCCGACAGCAGCUCGCUGGCGGGCAUCGACCCCGCGCUGCCGGUGGUGAACGAGCAGCUGCGCGGCUACCGGGCGGCGUGGGACGAGCUGGUGGACAGCUGGCUGGUCAUCCGCAUCGGCGACCCGCAGUGGGUGUUCAAGUGGCGGCUGCAGGCGGAGGAGCGCAUGAAGGCGGGCGGCAAGGCGGGCAUGAGCGCCGAACAGAUUGCCGACUUCGUGUCACGCUUCAUCCCCGCCUACAGCGCCUACCUGCCGGGGCUGUACGGGGUGGGGCCCACCACCGCGCGGACUGGGCGCACGCUCAUCAUCGAGGUGGACCAGAACCGCUCGCCCGUGACGCAGCAGCCCAAGCCCGUGGUGUGAGGGAACGUAGUGAGGGCACCGUUGCGAUGUUGUGAGGACGCAAGUGCGUGCUGGGAGGGCUGGGGACGGAGGCGGUUUUGGAUUGUAAUUUAGGUCAGGACAAGCUCAUGCCCGUGUUGUGGAGGCGACGAUGGAAGAAGUUUGGGGGGGGAUAGGUUAGGGAUCUGAGGCUGCAGCAAUGUGUGAGCAGAACAGGAGAAGAAAACUGCAGUUUGCAUUGCGUGCGAGGAAGCACUGGGGGCCAAAGGCGCCAUGACUCCAUGACAGGUGUCCUACACGUACUCGCGUGUAUGUGGUGUGUGCUUUAAGGGGCACUCAAACUUGGGUCUAGCCAUGAUUAAUUGGAUGGGCAGGCACAUUACCGUGGCCGUUUGGCACGCACCCAUCGUGUGCGUGCGUGUGGAGAGAUACGUUAGGAAGCAGGGGUGACCACCCCUGAUUGGAAUGUGAUGCGUAGGCUUGGAGCUGGUCAGUUGGUGCACGGCAUCUAUCCAUUCUCCCAUUAUGCAUCCUGCUGCAAGCAGAUGGCGCUAGGUGGUGUAGGAGGACAGGAAUGUGAGAUGCACCAGCUGACAGUAAGGCAGGAAAGUGACACGCACAUCUCAUUGCACGAAUGAUUGCAUGUGGCAACGGGGUACGUAGCAGGUGUGGUAUGGGUGGAGCAUCCUGAAUACGGCUGGUGUGGCAUAUCGUGCGCUUGCCAAUGUGGCGGCACUAGAAUACGGCCGACAGCGCCUUCACGCGUGCUCGGAAAAGACUGCGGAGGUUGCUGUUGUGCGAAGAAUCGGUGUGGCAGUGAUUGCGGACUUCUGGUCGUGGCUAGUUGCGUUUGUGAGUUUGCGUCGGCCUCCGCGCCGCUGGGCCCUUGUCCUGAACAAGCACCCAUUCCUAGCGUCAAAUGAUGCUGGAGGCGUUAGUUACCUUGUAGGGCCAGCAGCGCACUCGCCAGUCGCCACCGGCCUCGCCCUAGCUGAUCAGCUGGGGGACUUGCAAGAGGUAGUCUGAUGACGCCGAUGCAUGGCUGAGGUGAGCAGCGCUAGCGUUUGCGGUGAGCCGGGCCUGGGGUUUCUCCCCUCUCCGGAGGCGAGGAGCGUGGGGCUCGUGUGAGCGUGCGUGUUUCGUACGUUUUAAGGGCCCUGGCUUAGUGCACGGCUGUCGUCCCACAUGUAACCUCAUUCAGCU